CGAACGUUCUGGCCACCGCUCACAAUCGCAAGAGUCAGACAAGGUUAGGGUUUACUCGUGAGGCCUCCUGCUCCCCCUGCCGCCGCCGCCGCCGCCUCCAUGGGACACUCCAACGUGUGGAACUCGCACCCCAAGAACUACGGCCCUGGAUCCAGAGUCUGCCGUGUGUGCGCUAACCCCCACGGCCUGAUCCGGAAGUACGGGCUCAUGUGCUGCAGGCAGUGCUUCCGCAGCAACGCCAAGGACAUCGGCUUCAUCAAGUACCGCUGAAGCUUGAGGAGCUCCAAAGCAUGACAAAAAUGGAGGCAUGGAUGGGAACCUAAAAGAUAGAUUGUACUCUUAUUAUAAUACUAUGUAAUGAAUUGUUUGGCUUUGAGUGGAUGAAGUUGGUGUAUUCUCAUUUCUCAAUGCUACUCUAAUACUUCCUGCUAGUUGAGCAUGUCGAACCACUAUGAUCAGACAAUACAGUAUCAUUGUUACAAGUGUCUUGUUGAUAUU